AUGUCGUUGCUCAACCUUCCACUCCGAAUUCUCAGGCUGCUUACAUCUGGAAUUCCUCGUAGGCUCGCAGUAAUACGUCUAGCAUGGAUCUUCAUUGUAAUCUGGUGCGAAAUCGGCGUAUUUUAUUUUAGUGUCGCGGACUGUCACUGGCCUACCCCCGUAUGUCCGACCACGCACCCAAACACACAACCAACACAUAUCCUCCUAAUAGCCGAUCCUCAAAUACUCGACCACAAUUCAUAUCCGGGUCGAAAUCCCCUACUCAUGUCCUUAACACAGUUUUUGGUGGAUUUUAACUUGAGAAAGGCUUGGAAGGUGGCGAGGGAUCUGAGACCGAGGGCGGAUGUUGUAAUUUUCUUGGGAGACAUGACGGACAAUGGGAGGGCGGAAAUGAGCGAUGAGGAGUAUCAGGCUUACGUGCAACGCUUCCGGAGCAUCUUCCAUCCUAUACCGAAUGCUCCAGUUUACUACCUCCCCGGAAACCACGACGUAGGCCUAGGUGACGGUGUGCUGACCUCUCAGCACGCUCAGUCGCGCUACCUUUCUUCCUUCGGACCCCUUAAUCAGUACCACACGAUCGCGAACCACACGCUCGUGUUCGUCGAUUCGAUGAGUCUUGUCGCUAAGGAAAGGAGUAUAGGAGGUGUCAAGGUGGUGGAUGGGGACGUCCUGCCGAAAGAGCUGGAUGAGGCCAAAUUCUGGCCUUCGGUAGCUUCUGGCAAGCCGCUACAACCGCUGGUGCUGUUCACGCACAUUCCACUAUCAAGGCCUGAACAUUCUUCGUGCGGCCCCCUGAGGGAAAAAGGAAGAAUUACACAAGGCCACGGAUUGGGAUAUCAGAACGAGUUGAGUCCGGCAAUGUCGGACAUAUUGCUUGACACAUUCAGGCCUUCCAUUGUCUUCAGUGGAGAUGACCACGAUUACUGCGAGUUCAUGCACGAUCUCCCGAACAAGGGCGAUUCGCACCACGACAAUCACCACCCCACGCCCUCUCGCGUCCGGGAAGUCACCGUAAAAUCGCUUUCCAUGGCCAUGGGCAUUCGCCAGCCGGGCUUUCACCUCCUAUCGCUCCUUCCGCUCGACUUCUCAUCCUCCACGGGAACUCCCUUGUCAACGUACGACGCACCUAUCAGUAUCGCCGAUAGACCGUGUUUAUUGCCUAACCAGCUGAAUGUGUAUCUGGCGAUGUAUACGCCGUUGUUCAUCUUCACUUUGCUCUUGAUCUUUUACCUGACGGCGUUGAGCGAGUAUGACACGAGUUAUGUGCCGGCGAGAGGUGGAUAUGGAAAAGGGAGGGGUGGGAUUGCGAUGGGGUCGAAGUAUGACUAUGAGCGGUCAUCUCCGACAGGAUACAGAAGGUCAGAUGAUGAGGGAAGGUGGUCGCCUUCUCCCAGAGGAAGCCCACUGUCAAGUCCAGGAAGAGGGGCUCAACGGGGUUCUGUGGGUGGUUUGGCUAGAAAAUGCAGUGGUAUGAAGGAGAGUGUGAGGCAGAGUGGGUUGUUCGGGAGGUUUUUGUGCGAUUUGUGGUCUGUGGCGUGGCCGCCUGUGGUGGUUUGGGUAUUUAUUGUCGUGGCGGUGUUUUGGUAACCGUUACAUGAUUCGAACUGCUUCCUUGUACUCUCGUGAUCUCCGGCGCAAAUGAGCAUGCGUCAC